AUCGUAUCAGCAGGAGCGUUAUUUAUAGUAUAAAUUAGUAGGAUUGUUUGUUGAAAAUGGUGAAAAAUGGAAAUGUAGUGAUGCAAAAAUAUGAAUUGGGGAGAUUAUUAGGUCAAGGCAACUUUGGUAAGGUUUAUUAUGGAAGGGAUCUGGAAAGCGGACAGACUGUAGCCAUUAAAGUAAUUGAUAAAGAGAAGGUUCAGAAAGCUGAAUUGACUGAACAGACGAAACGAGAGAUAUCCAUUAUGGCAAUAGUCAAACAUCCACAUGUUGUGCAGCUAUACGAGGUCAUGGCAACUAAGAGUAAGAUUUACUUUGUGAUCGAACAGGCCAAAGGUGGCGAGCUUUUCAAUAAACUGACAAAGGGCAGACUCAAGGAAGACGCUGCUAGAAAGUUGUUUCAGCAACUGAUCAAUGCAGUUGAAUUUUGCCACAGCCGAGGUGUUUAUCACCGUGAUCUCAAACCAGAAAAUCUCCUACUGGAUGAGAAUGGAAACCUAAAGGUCUCAGACUUUGGUUUGAGUGCAUUAGCUGAGUCUAAGCGACAAGACGGGUUACUUUACACAACCUGUGGUACACCAGCAUAUGUUGCUCCUGAGGUGAUCCGUAGAAAAGGAUAUGAGGGUGCCAAAGCUGACAUCUGGUCUUGUGGAGUGAUUUUAUUUGUCUUGUUGGCUGGUUAUCUUCCAUUCUAUGACUCAAAUCUUAUUUAUCUGUAUAGGAAGAUAUGCAAGGCGGAGUACAAAUGUCCUAAUUGGUUCCCUCUAGAAGUGCGUAAACUUCUCUAUAGGAUCUUCGACCCAAACCCUCAUAAAAGGAUUUCAAUAGCCAAAAUAAAGGAAAGCUCCUGGUUUAAGAAAGGAUUGGGAUCUAAACAAGUAGUGAACCAAAAUGUUAUUGCAGAUGGUGAUGCUGUUUCCAGUUCAAAUUCGGAGGAUAAUACCAAGUUAGAGUUGAUAAAACCUGCAAGCAUUAGUGCAUUUGAUAUCAUCUGCUGGUUUAAUUUGUCUGGUUUAUUAAUAAACAAUGAUCAAAAGGAGGAGCUGCGAUUCACAUCAGUGAAACCUGUCCCAGUCAUCAUAUCCAAGCUUGUGGAAGUUGGCAAGAGUCUAAACCUUGAAGUAAAGAAGAAAGAAGUUGGAUUUCUUAUGUUGGAGGGAUUAAAUGAGAGCAGAUAUGAAACCUUGUGCAUUGGCGUGCAAAUCUUUGAAAUUUCUGUAUCCCGUUACUUCAUUGAGCUGAGUAGGUCAAGUGGUGAUGCGAUUGAUUACCAAAACAUGUUGACGCAAACUAUCAGACCAGCUCUUGAGGAAAUUGUUCAGGCUUGGCAAGGUGUGCAAUCUCAUCAACAAUCACUAAAAUGA